AUGUUCGCUGGACUCAGGGCGUUCGCCCGAACCACGGAGCGAUGGGCACCUUCAUUGGCAAGAAUUACCCUUCAGUCUACGUUGGCACCUUCCCUUCUGAACUUCCGGUCAUUCCAUGCAACUUCAACAACUCUGCGGACCAUCAAUCAAUCCAUGCGUGCAAAGAGGGUCCCAAAGAAGCAAGAAAAGUCAAAGUCACCGUUACUUGAAGUUUCCCCGCAGCGUAAAGGAGUCGUAACUCGCCUCAUUAUUGCCACACCUAAAAAGCCCAACUCCGCUAAACGAAAAGUCGCCCGUAUCAAACUCACAACUGGAAAAUCUUGCAUGGCAUACAUCCAAGGAGAAGGUCACAAUUUGCAAGAGCAUAGUGUUGUUUUAGUGAGAGGAGGACGUACAAAGGAUCUUCCCGGAGUGGGAUACAAACUUGUCCGUGGAGCACUUGACUUUGCUGGAGUUGUCAAUCGUGCAACCUCACGCAGUAGAUAUGGUGUGAAGAAACCCAAACGGAAGUAG